CACUAACAGAAAAGCGUUCAACUCUCCUAAGAACCAUGGCUCCCUCUUCUCAUAUCUUCACGUAUACAUGCUUCAUCAUCCUCUUUGCCUCUUCUGCCCUCCCUACAACUAACAAUUUCAUCUUCAAUGGCUUCCAAGGAGCCUCCAAUUUAAUUACCUUAACCGGCGAUGCCAGAAUCACACCCAACGGCGUUCUUCAACUCACCAACGACACAAAGCGAGAUGUGGGGCAAGCUUUCUUCUCCUCCCCAUUUCAAAUGCUCACCAAUCACAUUUCAACUCAGCAGACGGUCUCUUUUAGUACCACAUUCGUGUUUGACAUCGUCACGGUCGGAAGCGGCGGAGGCCACGGCUUCACUUUCGCAAUAUCCCCCUCGAAAACACUUCCCGGUGGUGGAUGCUGCCAGUAUUUGGGUCUCUUGGGCAACAAAACUAACGGAAAUUUCUCCAAUCAUGUCUUGGCUGUCGAGUUCGACACGGUUCAGAGCCUCACAGAGCUUCGAGAUAUCGACGAUAAUCACGUUGGUAUCGACAUAAACAGCCUUAUAUCGAACGCGUCAGAACCCGCUGCAUACUAUGCGAAUACAUCAAAGAAGGAACCUGUGGAGCUAGGGAGUGGCGCUCCGGUCCAAGCCUGGAUCGACUACGAUGGUGUUAGUAAAAAUCUCAAGGUUACCAUUGCUCCUGUUCCUGUCGACAAGCCACGCAAGCCCCUCAUAUCGAAAGCAGUCGAUCUCGCCCUAAUUUUAAAGGAAUCAAUGUACGUAGGAUUUACUGCUUCGACAGGAAAGCUUACAAGCUCGCAUUAUAUCUUAGGAUGGAGCUUCAAGAUCAACGGAGUAGCACCUUUCCUCGAUGGUUCACAUUUACCUCUACCCCCUGAAGCACUGCAAUCAGAUAAUUCACAAGGUUCUAAGAUCUUGGGACUCAAGAUUGGACUAGCAUCUUCGAUUGGCACGCUCGUCCUUUUAGUGAUUGUGCUUUUAAUUCUCAUGUACUUGCAUAAAAGGUCUAGAUUGGCUGAGACUUUAGAAGAUUGGGAGCUAGACUACCCUCAUAGAUUUCCAUAUAAGGAUCUCUACAGGGCAACAAAAGGGUUCAAAGAGACGCAGAUUCUUGGCUCCGGUGGCUUUGGCCAAGUAUAUAAAGGUGUUAUGCCUGUCACCGGAGAAGAAGUGGCGAUAAAGAGGAUCUCAAACAGUUCUAGGCAAGGAGUAAAGGAAUUUGUAGCUGAAAUUGCCAGUUUGGGACAACUCAGACACCGGAACUUAGUUCAGCUGCAAGGAUGGUGCAAGCGUGAUCAAGACCUUAUUCUUGUAUACGAGUACAUGCUUAACGGCAGUCUUGACACUUUCCUCUUCAAUAAUGAAAAGACGGGGCUUUUGAGCUGGAACCAGCGAUUCAAGAUCAUCAAAGACAUCGCCUUUGGGCUUCUUUACCUGCACGAAGAAUGGGGGCAAGUGAUUGUCCACAGAGACAUCAAGGCCAGCAAUGUGUUACUAGACUCGGAGAUGAAGGCAAAACUUGGGGACUUCGGACUUGCCAGGCUCUAUGAGCACGGGUCAAAUCCUCAUACAACCCGUGUUGUGGGUACUGUAGGGUACCUCGCGCCUGAACUGUCGCGGACAGGAAAAGCCUCGACGAACACUGAUGUCUAUGCCUACGGAGCCUUGGUGCUCGAAGUGGUUUGUGGCAGGAGGCCAAUUGAGCCAACUGCACCUCCGACGGAGGUUCUUCUGUUGGACCGAGUGAGGCAAUGCUGGCUGCAGAAUAUGUUGAUAAUCGUUCUUGAUUCCAGAUUAGGGGAAUCUUAUGUCAGGGAGGAGGUGGAGCUAGCGCUGAAGCUCGGACUUCUUUGCUCUCAGUCUGAUCCGCAAGCGAGGCCGACGAUGAGACAGGUGAUUCAGUAUCUCAACGGACAUGAGAAAAUCACAGAUGACGGUGAGCUUGUUUUCUCAGAAGCUGAUACAUGGGAUUUUGUAUCAGGUUCUAACCAGUCUUCUCGGGGUAUGCUCUCUACUAGCUCGCUUAAGGGAGGCAGGUGAUAGGAGUUUCAAUUGGUGAUGUUGGGUAUUGUAGGAAAUAUUGUAAGUUGUGCUACAUGGCUAGGUCUUGCAUGCGCUUUAGCGUUUUAAUACUCUGUAAGAAAUAUUUUUUAUUUUUACCGUACCCCUCUAAGAGGACUUUACCUCUAUAUGGUCAUCCCCAAAGGUGAGCAUCUCACCUUUAAGACUCGACGGGGGUUGCAGAGCUCGAUUUGUUGCCAGUAAUGUACUUCGAGCAACCGCUAUGGAGAAACUAUUAUUCCUUACGAAUUUCAUCCAUAGGAAUAGAGUUUUUCUUUAGUGCCCGUAUCUUUU